CAUAAUUCAGGCCGGUAGUAGGCGACUGCUCCGCACAGUUUCUGACUUAACGAGACGCAUUUGUGUGAGAAAGUGUGAGGUUAAGGCGGGCGGACCUGUUCCCACCAUGAUAGCCGCGCUGGUGGUCCUGGCCGCCUCCCUGUCCCUGUCCUGGCCGGCGGCGGCUCGCUACACGGCGGACUGGAGCAGCCUGGACUCCCGGCCGCUGCCCCCCUGGUACGACCAAGCCAAGGUCGGCGUGUUCAUCCACUGGGGCGUCUUCUCGGUGCCCGGGUUCGGCAGCGAGUGGUUCUGGUGGCACUGGCAGGGCCAGCAGCCGCCGGACCAGAAGUGCGUGUCCUACAUGCGGGAGAACUACCCGCCCGGCUUCAGCUACCCGGAGUUCGCGCACCAGUUCGACGCACGCUUCUUCCAGCCGCAGGACUGGGCCGAGCUGCUGCAAGCCUCCGGGGCAAAGUAUGUCGUCCUGACCGCCAAGCACCAUGAAGGGUUCACGAACUGGGAGUCUCCCAACUCCUGGAACUGGAACUCUGUUGAUGUUGGUCCUUACAGGGACCUGGUGGGGGAGCUGGGAGAGGCCGUGCGCAACAGGUCGUUGCACUAUGGACUCUAUAACUCGCUGUAUGAGUGGUUCCACCCCUUGUACCUGAAUGACAAGAAGAAUAAAUUCAAAACACAGGAAUUUGUGAUGAAUAAACUCCUUCCAGAGCUUUACAACAUGGUUGUAAGGUACCGACCUGAGUUGAUCUGGUCUGACGGGGACUGGGAGGCCCCUGACACCUACUGGAACUCCACCCAGUUUCUGGCCUGGCUCUACAACGACAGCCCUGUUAAGGACACUGUUGUGACCAAUGACCGCUGGGGAGCCGGCUGUGCUUGUAAACACGGCGGCUACUAUAACUGCGAAGACAAGUAUACUCCAGGCGAGCUGCCCAAGCACAAGUGGGAGAAAUGCACAUCAGUAGAUACCUUCUCCUGGGGUUAUCGUCGCAACAUGAAGAUGAAAGAACUUAUGGAUUUACCCACAAUUAUUGAGGAUCUGGUCAGCACCGUGGCUCUUGGAGGGAACUACCUUCUAAACGUCGGUCCCACAGCCGAUGGGACGAUCCCUGCUGUGUUUGAGGAGAGGCUCAGGGGUGUCGGGGCUUGGCUGGAGGUCAACGGCGAGGCCAUCUACGCCUCUAAACCCUGGAGAGUCCAGAUGGAAAACACCACUGUCCCGGUCUGGUAUACAUCUAAAGGGUCCACGGUCUAUGCCAUUGUGACGGAAAAACCAUCAAAGCCUUUACUGCAACUGUUGAUACCCAAAACGUCAGCAACCACAACGGUGACGUUGUUGGGGAGUCCUACACCUUUACCCUGGGCCCCCGUUUACCCCAGCGGUGGCCUCAACGUCCUUUUGCCCGAGCUGCCUUGCACUCCGGGUCGUGCAUGGACCGUUAAACUGGAUGGUGUCCACUGAGCUUUCAACUGUUGAAUAGACAACUAUGAAUGUUUCUAAUUUGGUAAACUCAGGUUCUUUGAAGCCACUCCACUUCUGAUUACACAGAAGCCUGUUGACAUAAAAUCCAUUGACAUUACUGUGCUAAUGUCUGGCAUGUCUUGUAAUGCCACUUUGUCCCACACGAGAUGCGGUUGUUCUGUUGGAAAUAAACUUCUGUGCUAUACUGCCCCCAUUUGACCAAAAGUGGCAUUGCUACACAUAGUGGGUUUAAUGUGUUACCACGGUAAUAGGGGAAAUUUAUGCACUAUGGUUGAAGGGAAAGUACUUGUGUAAUGGUUCAGCUAUUUUUGAUAAAUGAAAGAAUCUAAGAUGCUUCUCUAAUGCCUUUGUUCAUAUGAUGAAUAAAUGUGUAAACAUUUGUUUUGUAAUGACCUUAUAAUUGUGAUGCAAGAGCUGAAUCAUUGUGCAGUUGGAGCAGUCAUCCUGUGUGAUUGCAUUCUUAAAAAUAGAUUUGAUGAUUUGUACUUUUUUAACUUAUUCAAAUAAAUAUAAAUGUCUUUUUUUCUCUAUAGAAAA